GAAGAAGAAGACGAAGAAGAAGAAGAAGAAGAGGAAAAGCAGAAGAAGAGGAGGCGGGGGGAAGCGGAAGAGGCGCAAAAUCGUGAGCGAAAACAUCGGCAGCAUGGCUGUAGAUAUGAGAUUAACAACUGUUCGCAAACAUGUACCGCUGUCAAUUUCACUUUUCGGCCAGUGUAAUAAGAAAAAUUUAGUUAUUCCCGGUGAUAUAAUUACUAAAGACAAUAGUUUUAUGAGGGGUCAUGGUACUUACCUGUGCGAGGAGACAGCCACCGCCUCGGUCGCUGGAGAAGUUGAGAGAGUGGACAAACUGAUAUAUGUCAGACCUCAUAAAACCAGAUUCAGUGGAGUGACUGGAGAUGUGGUUGUUGGUCGAAUCAUAGAGGUGCAACAGAAGAGGUGGAGAGUAGAGACAAACAGCAACCUUGAUUCUGUUCUCCAGUUGUCUUCUGUCAAUCUUCGUGGGGGAGAGUUGAGGAGAAGAUCGGCAGAGGAUGAAAUGAAAAUGAGAGACUACCUUAAAGAAGGGGAUCUUAUCAGUGCAGAGGUGCAGUCUGUCUACUCAGAUGGGGUGCUAUCACUUCAUACCCGCAGUUUAAAGUAUGGAAAGCUUGGCCAGGGGGUGCUGAUGAAGUUUUCUCCUUCCCUGAUAAAAAACCAAAAGACCCAUUUCCACAACCUGCCAUGUGGGGCAUCAGUCAUCUUGGGCAAAAAUGGUUUUGUGUGGCUGUAUCCCACAGCAGAACAAAUGGAUGAGAAGGCUGGGGGCUUCUUCACAAAUCUGGAGCCUGUCUCGGUGUCAGAUCGGGCCGCGAUCUCACGGUUGAGGAACUGCCUGGUUGCUUUGGAUGCAUACAAAGUCCUACUGUAUGAUACUAGCAUUCUCUAUUGCUAUGAGUUUUCACUUCACCACCCAAUCAAGGACAUCCUAAAACCAGAAGUGAUGGAGGAGAUAGUAAUGUUGACACAAGAGAAACUGGCAGAACAUGAAGGAUAAAAAAAAAUCCAACUAAUCAUUCUACCUCUUCACAUGACAUUAUUGUGUAAUGCAUUGAUUUGCAUUCCAGAUUUUGGAAUUGCAAAUAGACCAAGUGAUCUAUAUUACCAAGAUAACAACCAUACCUGAGACUCAGCACCAGCUCAAAAACUUGAUAUUUUGCAGAGUCCUCCAUUGAAUCAUUUAAUUAAACAUGUUAAUAGAAUGGAUCAUUUGAAACGUCUUAAGAGAAACAGAAAACUAACGAAUGAAAGAAUGAAUGAAACUAUGAAUUCAAUUCAGUGUUAGAAAACAUCCAUAUCAGUUAAUUAAGUGGUCCUGUUUGAAUUGAUGGAAAUGUGUAAUUUUUUAUAAACUGUUGUUUCCAAUAAAAAUUCAA